UGUCUGCCGUAUUUAGCUUGGCUGAUAAGCUUCAACCUGCCAUCAUAUUCAUUGAUGAAGUUGACAGUUUUUUGGGUCAACGCCGUUCAUCAGAUCACGAGGCUAUGCUAAAUAUGAAAACCGAGUUCAUGGCUCUAUGGGACGGAUUCACCACCAACAAGAAUGCUCGAGUUAUGGUACUUGCAGCAACUAAUCGCCCUUCAGAACUUGACGAAGCAAUACUCCGGCGACUUCCUCAAGCUUUCGAAAUUGGAUAUCCAAGCCGGAAAGAGAGGGCUGAGAUAUUGAAGGUUAUCUUAAAGGGAGAAAGUAUCGAAAACAACAUAGAUUUCAAUCAUAUAGCGGGAUUAUGUAAGGGUUACACUGGUUCAGAUCUAUUCGAUCUUUGCAAGAAGGCUGCAUAUUUUCCUGUUAGAGAACUACUGGAUAAUGAAAAGAGAGGGAAUCAAACUCAUGAACCUAGACCAUUAUCGCAAUUAGAUUUGGAGAAGGCCCUUGCCACUUCACAGAAGACAACGGUUGCUGCAAAUGAAUACGAUAGAAUGAACCAACAGUCAUCAUCAAGACGGACGUUUCCCGACGAGGGCGAUUUUGAUGUUCAAGCUGCAAUCAAGGAAAUCUCUAAGCUUAUGGGUUCCCACAUGAUUAACCUCCAAUUAGAUUCCCAGGAUGCUUAAAAUUGAGUUUCUUUUGAACACUCUUCUACUUCCAUUUAGUAUAGUCCAGAUUGUAACAUAACAUAAUACUCUUGUAUGACAUAAUCUAUAUUUUGCCAAAUUUUAUCAGUAAACACUGUUCGGUAA